AUGUCAGCAAGUUAUUUCCAGGAGCGUAGCACUCCUGCAUCACUGAAUGGCCUAUCUCCUGUGUCUCCACAGGUUGGAGCAGGAUCACGUGGAGUCAAUGCUCUAUCCAGUCGGAUAACCAGCGUUUUGUCUGCUCCGUACGCCGACCUAGAAAUCCGAGGGGCGCUUGAAACUUUGGACGAGCGCAACAUCCAGAAUACAGCCGAGACAAGACGCCAGAUACGACUGGAUGUGCAGAAAGACGUUAUUGAAUGUAAUGGCGAGAUCGUCAAGGACUUUGGAGAAGUUGCCGAGCAACUGAGACGCAUCGGUGCUGCUAUAAAGAGUCUGAACACUUCUUGUGCUGAUAUGCGGGCGCACAUCACGACUGCAGCUCGUGAAACAGGUCCAGUACUGGAGGAAGCCACGAGCCUCAUCAACCAAAAGAGACAGAUCGAGACCAAGCAUCAGAUAUUGAACGCGUUCAGCUCUCAUUUUCAAAUUACUGAAGAACAGGUCGCUGUUCUGACUUCCACCGCCGAGCUGGUCAAUGAAGAGUUCUUCCAGAUCUUGACAAGAGUGAAGAAGAUCCAUCACGAUUGUCAAGUACUGCUGGGCACGGAGGAUCAGCGGUUGGGACUUGAGAUUCUGGAGCAGAGUUCGAAGCAGCUCAAUGGAGCGUUUCAAAAGCUGUACCGUUGGAUACAGCAUGAGUUCAAGACCUUGGACCUGGAGAACCCUCAGAUCAGCGCAUCUGUUCGGCGAUCUCUCCGAGUUCUUGCAGAACGACCGACUCUGUUCCAGAGCUGCCUGGACUCUUUCGCCGAAGCCCGAGAGUCUAUCUUAUCCGAUUCCUUCCAUGCGGCCUUGACUGGAUCCAACUCUGACACCUCACACAUUGCCACCAAGCCCAUCGAGUUUUACGCUCACGACCCGCUACGCUAUGUUGGUGACAUGCUCGCUUGGGCACAUUCAGCAACUGUUUCUGAAAGAGAGGCAUUAGAAGUACUGUUCGUUUCGGACGGCGAUGAGAUCAGCCGCUCAAUUCAGGCUGGACUGGAAAGUGAACCAUGGCUCAGAGGUGAUGAGGACCAGGAAAUAUUUGAUGGCAGAAAGGCUCUCAACCAACUCGUCAGCCGUGAUCUGACCGGUGUGGCACGACUCUUACGCCAGAAGACGGAGCAGGUCAUCCAGAGCCACGAAGAUGCCACGCUCGCCUACAAGAUUGCCAACCUGAUUGGAUUCUACAGAAGCACCUUUGUCAAGCUGCUCGGUCAAGACUCUGACGUAUUGGAUAUAUUUGACACCCUACAAGCUUCCGCGAUGCGCCAGUUCCGCGCAAAUAUGCGCGAUCAUGUUGCCACGGUGCAGAGCGAACUCGCUGUUGCGCCAGCAGAUCUCUCACCUCCUGACUUCCUGGAAGAGGCCUUGCAGACCCUCAAAGUACUGGCAAAGAGCUACGAUACCUCUGUGACAGCUGUCGACGAGACGAACAACGACUUUGAAGCUGUGCUCGCCGAAGCUCUUGAUCCCUUCCUCGGCGGCUGCGUGAACCUUCAAAAGAGCAUGGAGCAGCCCAACAGCGCCAUCUUCGCCAUCAAUUGUCUUCUCGCAGUCAAGGAGGCGGUUUCGAGCUUCAAGUUUGCUACUGAACGAGCUGCUGAGAUGGGCGAGACGGUUGACGAGCACGUCGCUGCGCUCGUGGGCUACCAGCACCAGUACCUCCUCCACGAGUCCGGGUUCAUUGCACUGCACGAGGCGCUCUCAGAUGUUACCGAUGCACCUGAAAGCCUGAAGAGCAUCGCACAAUUGCCAGCCUUCAAACAGGACGCAUUAAUAGCCACCAGCCAGCGACUUGACGAAUUCCUACCCUCGGCGCUUAUCGAUGCGGCCGAGAAUCUGAAGCAACUUCGCGACCGAUCGAUGGUGCAGGAGAUUACUGAUAAGGCGGCGGCCAAGUUCUGCGAGGACUUUGAGUUCGUGGAGAAGAAGAUUGUCGCAGCUGAUGACUUGCUGUACGAUGAAGAUGAGGAGGAUACUGGCCCUGGGCUUAGAGAUUUGUUCCCUCGCACCAGUGGAGAGAUACGUGUCCUGCUGAGCUAA